AUGUUGACUUUGGAUGAUAUUCACUCUACAGCCCAUGCUGUUGUAUCAAUACUCAGGGCAUCGGACAUGGUUGCCUGCUUGGUUGGCAGCGCAGCAGGGGCAGAGCAUGGUAUUUCUAGGAUACCCAACGAUGUUGACAUUUUAGUUUUAUCAGGCGCCAAAUCCAUGAAUCCAGCCGAAAUGAAGAAUUUACUCGUCUCAAAAGAUUCACGCUUCUUCCUCGAGAAGCCAGUAACGAACCCCAAUGCAUCAUAUUUCAUUUUAAAAUAUCGGCUCAUAUCAUCGCAAAACAAUAGCUGCUGUCAUGUCGACAUUUUCUUGCCAGGGAUGAUACAUCUACCUCCCAUACCUCCCAGUUACAUAAUCUACUCUGCACAGACUGCACUACCCACCAUGCCGUUUUUUCCAACCCUCCUUCACAAAGUCCAAGCUUGGCUUGCCCAUCGCGCUUCACCAAAAGAAAGCGCCCGCAUCAAGCGAUCUAAUGAUGAACAAGACAUCAGUGAACUGCUCGAUUUUGCUGUCAAAAUUCACAAGGUAAAAAUCGAGAAUCAUACCUGGUUGCCUGAUUGGUUCCUGCAGGAAGCCAUUGAAGGUGUCAGAGCAUACGUUCAGGAGCACCCCGAAACGGCGCCUAUGUGGAAAGAAAUUGGGUUUUGUGCAAAUAACAAAGUAAUCUAA